GAGGCUGCUGAGGGAAGAGCACCCUCUUCUUGUUCUGGUUCAGAACUCUGUCCUGGUUCGGUAGAUGUUGGCAAUGAUUCAGCCAUAGCAGAGGAAGGAAAUGAUCAUCAGGAAUCCACUGAAAAUGUUGGUUUAUCAGAUUUACUAGAUGAUGAAGAUUCUGCACCAGAAUCGGAUAUUUUUGCUGAUAUGGAAACUGUGAAUGACAAUAUCUCUGGCAAAACACACCCUGAACCGGGACUGGUUAUGUCAGGCAGUGACCAGGAGGGCUCCGACACUGUAGACUCUCCUGACUCUCCUGAUUCUAAUCAUGACUCAGACUCAAAAAAUUCUGAAUCUCCCAGUCCCAUGUCAGAGAGACCAAGUGCUGAUUCGCGACAUCUGUGCCACAUAGAAACCUUAUUGGAGCAUAUGAACUCUAAACUAGAUAUAGUGCUAUCCAAUCAAGGGAGAGUAAAUAGGGCAUUGGCACCCACGAGCAAGCGACUUCAAAAACCUCAUUGGAUCUCACUGCCCGUUCUAAGGCCAGAAGCAUUUAAAGAAUUUGAAAAAAAUCUUGAAGAUGAUGAUAAAUUUGAUGCAUUUACUCACUACAUUGAGGCUCUUGGAAUCCCAGAUGAUGAGAGUAAGGCUACCAAGAAACUCAUGCCUGAAUUUUUUUCAGACUGGAUGGCAGACAAAUUUUCAUUUCAUGGGCAGGGGUCAAAGUUAGCUUUCAAGGAUACCAAAAUGUGGGAGGCUUUAGAAGCCGUAUUGUACAUCAAGUAUGGUACCGACCUUUCUCAGUUCAUCAAAGAUAUGCGGUCGUGGUUCCGCAAUGCAAAGGGCAGGAAAAGGGGGAAGAUCCCUCCUCCACCCCUCCCCAAGCCUCGCCAUAAGUGACAAUUAGUCUAUGUCUAUGUUUUUGUUCCCCCAUGGUAAUUAUUUCAUUGUAUGAGAGCAAUAGACUUUAUUAUUUAAUAUUCUCCAUGUUGUUCUGAGAGAUAUAGUGUUUAUACUUUAUUAUUUAAAUACUCUCCAUGUACUGAG